AUGGAGCUAACACGGAUGAAAGUUGUCUUUUUUGAUCUGGACGGUACGCUGUUUGACCACCACCAUUCGCUGCGCCUUGCGAUAGCCGCGAUGCAGAGGAAUUAUACUGGACUCACGGAGAAGACUGUCGAUGAAUUGAUCGACAAGUAUAACAUUGCUCUUCAACAAGCCUAUGAUGCUUACCUAGACAAGGUGAUCACAUACGAGGAGGCCGACGUCCGGAAACUUCACCUAUUUUUUUCAUCGCUUGACUUACCAGAACCCAGCCUUGACGAGGUCCAGAAGUUCCGUGACACAUACAAGGCAGUUUAUAGAAAGAAUCGGAGGGCAACAUCAGGAAGUAUCGAGGCUCUGGCCCGGCUGCGUGAACAUGGAUACCGCAUUGCUAUCAUCACCAAUGGGCAGGUCGAAGACCAGACAGCCAAAGUCAAAGCCAUCGGCAUACACCAUCUGAUCGACCGCAUUAUUACUUCUGAGGAAGCUGGGUAUAGAAAGCCUGAUCGCCGUAUCUUCCAAUCCGCCAUCGAACAGCUCGGCGCUUCUCUCGACACAACAUGUAUGAUUGGCGACUCUGUCGAGUCGGACAUCAAAGGCGCCUUGGAUGCGCAGUUGGUCGCUAUAAUGUAUUCUCCUACAGCUCAGAACUCCCAAAAGCUCCUGUUUGGGCAACAAAUAACCAUCAUACAACACAUGGCCCAACUCCUGGGCCAUUUGGGCAUUGGUGGCUAUCGAGUUCAGCCGCAUUUCGUCUCCACUCCGGGCCGGCUGAUGAUCGAGGGCAUUGACACUGGCUUGGUUUGGGAACCACGACACUGCCUGCAGGUAUCUAAAGAGGGAGCGCAGAGAGAUUGCAGUUCCUGGCUGAAAGAAUGAGCAUGAUUUUUUUUAUUGCGCUGCUAUGAAGCGCCACAUAUCGGC